AUGAACCCCGUUCAGCAAAGCGCGUCAUCGCCUGGUGGAAAAUCUCUCAAUACUGCACACAAUCCCACUCAACAACAACAGAGUCAAAUUACAUCUCCAAAUUUCGAGUCAAAUACAAGGCGCUCUGGCAGUCAAUCAGGUGGUGUAUCUGCGGCUGCUAGAAACAACCAAAGUCAACGAAAACAACAUAGAAAUUCCAAGAAACCUAGGCUCGCGGAUGAGGAUGCUAUGGCGGAAUCCGCGGCUAUGAGAAAUGCCAAUAGUCGAAGAGGACAAACAUCAAUUACACAUCUUAUGAGUUUCGCUCUUCCUCCUAGGCCACAGGAUUAUCGAAACACAAUCGCAAGAGGAACAAGACGUGGGAAUAUAUAUGGAAUUGGAUCUGGUCAUCAUUCUAGUGAUAAGGCGAGGUAUAUUCACGCAAAUUAUCGAUUUAUAGUCAGGCCAAAUGGAGAUUACAAGCAGCAAGCUCUGUUCGCAGAUCAGCCUUUAGACUGGAAUGAUGUUCUUCAAAUUCUCGCAUCUGCCGAAUCACAAGACACAUCAUGUCCAAUCUGUCUCUCGCAUCCUGUAGCUCCUCGCAUGGCAAAAUGCGGACACAUUUUUUGUCUACCGUGUCUCAUUCGCUACAUGCACUCAACCGACGACACCAAUCCUCUACCGGAGAAGAAGGCUCGAUGGAAGGCAUGUCCAAUCUGUUGGGAUACUAUCUAUAGUUCAGAAACGAGACCCGUCAGAUGGUAUAUUGGACAAGAAGGGCCGGCCCCUCGUGAAGGAGAAGAUGUCGUAUUACGAUUAGUUAUGCGACAACCUGGAAGCACUUUGGCACUGCCAAGAGAUGGUGCGGAUGUACUCGACAAAUCGGAAGAUAUUCCAUGGUAUUUCGCUGCCGAGGUUACGGAUUAUGCUCGAAUUAUGAAAGGAAGUGAGGAAUAUAUGAUAGAACAAUUUGGAUUGGAAAUCGAGGCAUUGAAACAACAAGAGAAUGAGGAUGAAUUGAUGUUUGGAGAAGAACCCGAGUGGACUCGGAAAGCGGUCAAUUCUGUAAACGAUGCGAAGGAGAAAGUAAAAGGUAUUGGUGGACCACCACCUCCACCAAGUCAGCCAACAGAGAAGAAGCCCAAAAGGCAACCCAUACAGUUCAAUCCUGUCGAUGAAAAUUCUCCAGAGAUGUAUUAUGUUCAGCAAACCUCAACGCUGUCUCCAUCAGCUGUUCCUUUUCGAUUGGAUUCGACAGUGACUCCACCACUACCUUGGUCCAACCCUGUUCCGAUCUCAGAUCCUUCGCAAUCCCAUUCAGGGAGCAUGCAACAAAACGACAGGCAAUUACGACCAAAGAAUGCCCAAACAAACGAGAGACAUUCGGAUGUCCCGUAUUUAUUUUAUCAAGCACUUCUUCAUUAUUAUCUCGCUCCUCUCGAUAUUAGAAUUCUCAAAUCAGCUUUUGGAAAUUUUGCAUCAUUUCCUUCAACGUUACUUCCCCGCGUCGAACGCGUAUCUACUCACGUGAUGGAUGAUGAACUGAGGAAAAGAACCAAAUAUUUAGCACAUUUGCCAUUUGGCUGCGAAGUAGGAUUUUUGGAAUGCAAUUGGACUGAUGUUGUUCAACCAGAAAUCUUGAAUCAGUUCAAAGAGGAUAUUGAGCGACGAAGAAAACGUAAUAGGGACAAGGAGGUUCGAGAGGAGAAAGACAGACAGCGUGCUGAAAAGGCAGAGGAUAAUGCACGUUGGGCCACGGCUAGACAAAAGCAACCCGAAAUAUCCCCGGCAAACUAUUCCGACAUCGAUUACACCCAGCUCGCAUCAGCAUCUAUUGACCCGAUCGAUGCGUCUCCUCCUUGGACUUCACGUCAAGGCUCUUCUUUCGGGGCAUUAGCUUCACCAUCUACGAGCCCUCCUGCGCCAAGAACUGUUUGGGGAACAACACUGGUAACACCAUCUUCGCCUGAUCUUCAUCCUCAGCACAAUAGUAAUGCGGAUGAUGGUUGGUUACCAGGCUGGGAACAAGAGCUUCAAGCAGAGAAUGAUGCAUUGAUUGCUCAAAUUCAGGCGGCGUCCUUGAAUGGUGAAAGUAGUUCAAGUGCUACACCUCCACCAGCACCUCAAGGGAAGAAGAAAAAGGGUAAGAAGAUUACAUUAAUGAGUACAACAGCUAGAAGAGCUGCAUGA